AUGGUCAAGGAGGAGAUCCGUGUUCGCCAUGUGGCACGCACGAACUACCGAUGGCCCGAAAUCCAGCUCAACAUCUGGAUCAUCGUGGUACUCUCUGGCGCCGCAACCUGCCUGGGCAUCUUCUCCUGGUUCAUGGUUGUACAGUCCCAAAUGAACCUUGGAACGCCUUGGCUCUUUCCCUACAUGGUCGUGACCAGUGCUCUGGGCGUGCUUUUCAUAUUCAUGGUCCUGGGCCUCCUCAUAGCACGUGGGCUAUUACUUCCGGGUGUCCUGCUCCUGGGUAGCUUCAUCCUGUUCGUUCUAUUUCUCACUGGAUUAAUUGAAACCGCACUCCAGUUGUAUGGCGUGUCCGGGAACGUCAAUGACAACUGCCAAAACUAUGUGGUCGAGAAUGUAUCUCAUGGGAACAACAUCAAUACCCUGGCUUGGCUGACACAAAGUUUGAUAUGUAAUUGUUGGAAGACUGCAUUCGCAUUCGAGCUUGUCAAUACCAUCUUCUAUAUCUGGAUGAUGGUUAUGUCAUGGCAGGUCCACCGUGACUUUUACCAUUGA